GAAAAUGCGCGCGGGCUUGCUCGAUUGUCAAAUACCAACAACAAGAAACAGAUUUUGUAUUUUAUUUUAGCUAUUCAGUAUUUUUUUUAUUUUUGGAUACCGGCAUGUCGACCACAGUGGGAAACCCAGCAAAGCUGACCAUCAGCCAGCUUAAAGCUCAGCUUAAAAAGCUAGGUGUUGAAGCUCCAAAAGAUGCAAGGAAAGCGGAAUAUGUGCAGCUUUUUGAGAGCACUGUCAAGGCGUCGCGUACCCAGAGAGCCAGGCGGGCGACUCCGAGGAGAGCACCGGUGAAAUCUCAAGUCAAGCGGUCAGAGUUUUCAAGUGAUGAAGAGACAGAACCUGUGUCAAAAUCGAAACAGAUGCCAAAGACAAGAAGGAGGAGUGUUAAGGAUGAGAAGAUGGAGAGGAAUCUUGAGACAGUUCAAAGUUUGACGGAUAGGGAGCUGAGAGAUGAACUCUCCUAUUACAAUAUUUCAGCAGCUAUUACAGCUUCAACAAGAGGGGCAUAUGAAAAGAAGUUGGCAAAUCUGAUGACAAAUCCUCCAGCCCCACCCCCAAAACAAGAGGAGGAAGAAGAAGAGGAGGAGGAGGAGGAGGAAGAAGAAGAGGAAGAAUUCAGUGAUUCUGAACCAGAAGAAAUUCAAACUCCCAGGAUAUCUGCACGAGGAGAUGCUAGAGAGAGGCAAACUCCUGCCACCACCAGACGUCGAGCAGCAGCAGAGGAGAGAGUAGACCAAGAACAACAAACCAGUCCAAGGAAGACAGAGGUUGUCGUCGAAGAAGAGGGCGGUAUAUCAUUCUGGGUCCAGCUUCUCAUCCUUUUCUUCAUCGCUUCUGUUGUCUUUUUGAUUUGGUAUUUUAGCAAGGACAGACAAGAUGGCGGCUCCACUCCUGGAGUCACGCAAGUUUAAAUAAUGGUCCAAUAUUCUGUUGUCUGUUCCUCAGGUUAUUUCUAUUCAGCUUAUCUGCUUUGAGCCAUAAUGGUGCUGUUAACUUGAGUCAAGAGUAAAGUGAUAUGAGUUAAUAGCCCAUAUGUUAUCAAAUAAUUCAGCAGAACCCCUCUUUCAGGAACCCUGCCAUAAAAUAGUAUCAGAAUUUGUAUUUUAAUAUUUGUAAAAGAUCUGACAUGACAGUAUAGCCAAACCUAUCUACAUGAAAGGUCACCCAAGGGUAGAAGAAUGUGGUUGCUGUUGAUGAAUGUUACCUUGGUGGAAAGUGGUUUACAAGUGACCUUUUCAAGACAGCUUCCAACACAUCCUACAAAAUACAUGACUAGAUGCAAGUGACUUGUAAGUUUUCACUUAGACAUGCUUGAGUGUAUUUUGAUAUGGUAAAGCACUUGUUUUCACAGGGCUCAGAGACAUUUUGUAUGGAUUUGAAUGUCAAGAAAUGUCAAAGUCUAACAUCUAAUUUAUGCAACAGAAGAUUUUUUUUAAAGAUUUGCCAAUUGUUUGCGGGUUCUCUUUGUGUCGCUUUUUGUUCAGAAGAAGUUUAAAGAAUCAACAUUACUCACGAACAAAAAGCGACCCCCAGGAAAUAUAGCAAAGCUAUCGAACAUGUAAGGGCACGUUUUACACACUUAUUUUAGUUGUGUAAAAUUUGAAUGUUGCCAUUUUUUUAUUUUUGCAAACUUUUGGAAAACGCUUGAGAGCCCUUUGAAAAUGGUGCUUUACUAUAGAUACAGUUUCUUUAUCUUUCGAACAAGGUUUUUAUGACAUGGUUCUAGACAUUUUGUUGUAAAUAUAAUUUUGUUUCUUUGUAGAUAUAUAGUGUAAUAAUAGAUUGAGGAGAGAUAUAGGGGGGGGGGGGGGAGAGAGAGAGAGAUCAUUCAGCAUGGAGUGCCCUGAUGCCUGUAUUAUAUGUAAGUAUUACUGUUUGGCAGAUAUUACUGUUGCAGUUUAUUUAUCAUCAAAUUUGCAAAUUACUCACUGGGAAUGUAAUUUUUGCAAAACAGAAGUUUUCUAGCCAUUGAUUUUGAAAUCGUAAGAAACUUGUGCUGUAUCCCACUGGUUACAGUGUGAAUAUGAGCAACAUGGGAUAUACAAAUACCUUGCUGUGAAAACAUUGUUUUGAUCCGCUACAUCAUUAAGUUUAAUGUUUAAAAGUAUUUUGAUUGGAGAUGACUUUUUUUUUGAGAACAUAAAGUUUUGUCUGCUAUGACUCAAGUCUUUUUGAAACACUAAAAAAAAAAAAAAAUUCAAAUUUUUUGUUUCAUAUACUGCCAUUUGUUGUGAGUCAUAAUUUAUGUAUCAUCCCGUUUUAGGAAGAGAUUUUAAAAAGGGAAAUGGCUAAUUCAUCAACUGUCUAGCAAUAUGAAAUGAAUCCACUUUGUGCUGCUCUUGAUCAAUGUGAAGUCCAAUUUAAUUAGCACUUAUUUUUCAAAUCAGCAUCAGUAGUAUUUUCAUUGCUGCAUUUUGCCUUUUAAAAUUGAUGUAUCAGUCUCAGUUACACAUGCAAAUGGAGAUCAAUACAGAAAUUCAUCUGUUUAUUUGCUAAUUUGCAUGAGAAAAGUAAUUUUGAAGUUUCAAUAAUAUAGCCAAAAUGAGGAUAUAAGGGCAAUUCCAUAAAAUAUGUACAUUCGACUCACAAUAUGUGGGACCUUCAUGAAAUUUUCUGUCUCUUAUUUCUUGUUCUCUUGACAGUGUGUAAUGUUCACAAAGGACCCUGACUUGGUCAGUUUAUGAAGUUAAGUAAAACUUGAAAAAAUUGAGAAAAGAUUCGGACAUACAAAAAGGGUGGAUCGUUUUAUGGAAUUGCUCAUAAGGGACUAUUUUUUUCAGUGUUUAUAGGCAGCUGACUUAAAAUGAAGUAUAUUAUAUAAUUUUAGUACUCUAUUUCAAACCUACUUGGUCUAGAAUGGAUCAAGAGCUGAUCAAUGCAUAUUACACAUAUUCAGCUUUAAAGAGAAAUUCCAGUAGUUGCAGUAAACACUGAUUUCAUGAGAAAGUCUGUAAAACAAGCUUAAUUGUCAGUAUAUCAUGGAGGAUCUAGAUCUGGUACAGUUACAUUUGUACAUUAACUGAGCAAUUACACAAUUUCUUCCAGAUUCCUUUGGCACAUGCGUUUUAUUUAUACAAACAGACACUUUGGUGGUCAUUUCAUUGGAAUCUGUACGAACUCAUUUUGAUAUCGUUACCAAAACUAGCAUUUACAUUGUAUCUUUAAUGGUAUGGUCAGUAAUACUAUGCUUACAAUGAAACCCAUGAGAAAGGCUAUUUAUUCUGAUGCUGAUCAAUAGUACUUGAUGACAAAUACCAAAGAAUUAACAUGACAUUAUGGGAGACAUGAUGUUAUCAUUCAUUCGGUGUUCAAUGGCCAUUUUACUGAAUGUAAAUCAUUGGUAAAUUCUUUUGUUCUAUUCCAAGUAAUUUCAUCACAUAGAUUUUGGCAUGUGCAAUAGCCGCAAAUGAAUUUAAUCUGAAAUUUUGUAUUUGAAUGGCCAUUUAAAAAGUACCAGAGGAAGAAAUGGCAUUGGCUACUGUAUGGUGUAUAAUGUUUACAUUUUCACAAAAUGUCUAUGUGCUUCCCCUUUUUUCUGAUAACAAAAAGAAAAUGAAGAAAGCUUUGUUAUCAUUUCCUGUGCAGAUUAACCAUAAUGCUAAGAAGUUGUGCCAAAAUUGAUUCAUAUUUGGUGAUACGUGUACUGUUGAAUAUCAUAAUGCUUUGCUGGGUUUGGUCAGGUGUAAUGCUGAAAACAUGGCAGUCUUUUAGGGAAUGUAAAAUGUAUACUUCAUAAUUCUGCAAUUCUCUUUUUAAUUACCACUGUACAGUAAUAUAGAGUGUUCUAUUUAAAUGUCAAAUGAAAUUGUUGAUUUUUUCAGAUUCAGAAUCAUAAUGUAGCGUCAAUUUUAAUUCUGUUAAAUAUUUUAUUGGUUCUGAAAAUAGAAACCUUAAAUCUAAUUAAUGCAACAAUCUUUAAACAGUACAUGUAUUACAUACAUGUAUAUAUAUUUUUUUAAUUUGAAGAACACGGCAUUCCAUGUAAAUGUUCCAUUUUAUUAUCAUUUUUAUUCCAAUUCAUUGGCUCCCUUGAAGGUUUUACUGGCUAUUGAUGAAUGAUGAUCCAUGUGAAGCCAAUGAAUUCAGAUUUUCAAUCCUUGUACAUAGUUUAUGACAUUAGAUGUCUUCUUCUUUUUGAACUUCUUUUGAGUGAUGUUUUUUUGGAAUGAUUGAAUGGAUAUUUCUACCUAGAUGAGAUAUUUAAAUAAAACUUGUACAUAAUACUGCCUUUUA